CUUUCUACCCCAUGUCUCGUGACGAACUCAAAUCUAGCGAGCCUCCGACUAUAGCCAGUCAUCCCAAGCUCAAUCAGUACUACUUCGAUAAUUCGAUAAGGGUCUCUGAUCUCCAACGCCAGUUCUAUGCUAAGAUUGGGGAGAAGGACAAAGCCAGAAUGACAGGCGGGAUGGACGAGGCUCAGUUCUUCAAGCUGAUGUUGAGGGCUACAGGGGCGAAGAAGGUCCUCGAGGUUGGUGUAUUUCGUGGUGCUACUACUGCCUAUCUCGCGCAAGGUGUGGGGAAAGACGGUAAAGUCAUCGGACUGGAUGUUUGUAAAGAGUAUCUUGAUGAGGUCCAAGCUGAGGACUAUUGGAAAGAACUCGGUGUUAAUGAUCGUAUCGAGAUUAGGAUUGGUAAUGCGGUUGACACUAUGAAGAAGUUGGUCGCGACAGAUAACUCCACCUUCGACUUUAUUUUCAUUGAUGCUGAUAAGCGCUCUUACGAUGAUUAUUACGAGUUUGCUCUCAAGCUUGCCAAGCCUGUUACGGGUAUCAUCGCUGUUGACAACACAUUCUAUGGCGGAACCGUCCUUGAUCAAAAUGAUGAGGAAGGAUCAGCCAUAGAUAGAUUGAACAAGAAGAUAUUGGUGGAUGAUCGUGUGGAGGCCUCUAUGUUGUGUAUAUGUGAUGGGGUCUCUAUCGUCAGGAAACGAGGACCUGAUGAGGAGCUGUGAGGAUGAUCUUGACUUUAUUCAUUUCUUAUUGAUUCGGGUAACCGUAUCAUAUAUUGGUAUCAUGAAGUAAGGAAGCGUGAUCUGGUUCGAUCCCAUCUAUGUACUCAUUAUUGGACUUGUUGGAAGGUUGAGGAAGUAAUAUGAAAUAUGCCUCUGUGGUUCAUGCCUAUACAUACUUGAGUCUCUGGAAAGCGGGAUCCGAAAGUUGAGGGAUUUUCUUAUUCUGCGUUUAAACUAUUCCGUCUUUAUUU